AUGUGGGAUACCUCUUCUCAGGCGCUGGCAAAUUUCACUUCACAUUUUCAGUUCCGCAUUCAGCGAUACAGUUCUGGUGGGGAUGGAUACAAUUCUGAAGGCGAUGGAAUCACUUUUUUCAUAGCCCCCUUCGACGCUGAACCGCCUGUCAACUCGUCUGGGGAGUGGCUUGGCCUACAAUUGGCUUGCCAACUAGACUCUCUCAAACGAGAAAAAAUGGGACGCAUGGGUGGAUUACGCUGGCGGAGCAAAGCAGAUCCAGUCUUUGCCAGCUUGUUUGUCCUUUGCUGUUUCAUAUUCGUUGGCGUAAGCUGGAAUCGCAGAAAAAGAAUGUGCGGUGACGAGGGUAGAGAAGAAAGCGACGUGGAGCUGGACGAAUGGUUUGCUCAAGGCCCCCGCAAGUUUUCAUAUGCUGAGCUCAGUGCUGCCACCAGAAACUUCAGCGACGACGAGAAGCUUGGUCAAGGAGGGUUUGGAGGCGUGUAUAAAGGCAUUUUGCCUUCCACAAAUGAGUCCGUGGCUCUCUUGCGGUGGUGCCACCAAAAGGGCGAAUUUCUUCUGGUCUACGAAUUCCUGCCGAAUGGAAGUCUGGAUAACUAUUUAUUCGAAGAGCAAAAGGUUGUCAUGGAUUGGGAUCGAAGAGACGUGAAGGCAAGUAAUGUGAUGUUGGAUUCUGAUUUCAACGCAAAUCUGGGAGAUUUUGGCCUGGCUAGACUGGUGGGACGCGAUCAUCCAGCCUCUCAUAAGACCGUGGUGGCGGGGACAUAUGGGUACCUGGCACCCGAAUGUGUAUAUACGGGAAAGGCCAGUACAGAAUCUGAUGUGUUCAGCUUUGGAGCCGUCACUUUAGAAAUCGCCUGUGGGAGGCGACCAGUGGAUCGGAGCUAG